AUGGACGAUUUAUCUGGACAAUAUGCUGCUGCCGCGCAUGCCAUUAUGGGACAGCCGUCGGUUCCUGCAAAUUCUGGGGCAGCUGCCUUAGCACGAACGGAAAUGAUGAGUAUCGCAGAUACCAGCGAAGCCGCGAAAAGAGAUAAGAUUACAAUGGAUGACUUUGAGUUUCUCAAAGUACUCGGCAAAGGUACAUUUGGGAAGGUUAUCUUAUGCAAGGAGAAACGUACUUCGAAGUUAUAUGCAAUCAAAAUCCUCAAAAAAGAAGUUAUCAUUGCUAGAGAAGAAGUCGCUCACACCCUUACAGAAAACCGCGUUUUACAACGAUGUAAGCAUCCUUUCCUCACGGUACGUUUGACGGACGCUUUUUUGGAAUAG